AUGCCGCCCGCGCCGCCGCUCCCGUGCCGCCUCGUGCUCCCGCUCGCCGCCUUCGUCUCCGUUCCGUUCCUCCUCCCGCUCACACUCCCCCUCCUCCUCCUGCUGCGCCCCUCUGCCACCUCCCCGCACGCUCUGUCCUCCCAUCGCCUCUCCUGGCUCCCGUCGAUUCGCACGGCGUCACCUCUCCCACGUCCCACGCCGCCGCCCAAGGCAGCCGGCCGCGAGAAAUCCGAACGCUGCGACAUCUACGACGGGACGUGGGUCCCGGACGACAACGAGAAGCCGACGCGGCCGCUGUACGCGCCGGGCACGUGCCCGUACGUGGACGAGGCGUACGCGUGCGCGUCCAACGGGCGGGCGGACGCCGGGUACACGCGGUGGCGCUGGGCGCCGCGCCGGUGCCGGCUCCCCACGUUCAACGCGACGGACCUCCUGUCGAGGCUGCGCGGGCGGCGGCUGAUGCUGGUGGGCGACUCCAUGAACCGGAACCAGUUCGAGUCCAUGCUCUGCAUCCUCCGCGCCGCGCUCCCCGACAGGUCCAGGAUGUUCGAGACCCACGGGUACCGGAUCUCCAAGGGCCGCGGCUACUUCGUCUUCAGGUUCCCGGAUUUUGACUGCACGGUGGAGUUCGUGCGCUCGCAUUUCCUGGUCCGGGAAGGGGUGCGGCUGAACCGGCUGGGGAACUCCAACCCGACCCUCCAGAUCGACCGCAUCGACAAGACGGCCGGCCGGUGGAAGAAGGCCGACGUCCUCGUCUUCAACACCGGACACUGGUGGACGCACGGCAAGACCGCCAGGGGCACCAACUACUACAUGGAAGGCGACACGCUGUACCCCCAGUUCAACUCGACCGAAGCCUACCGGAGAGCCCUCCAGACAUGGGCGCGGUGGGUCGACAAGAACAUGGACCCCGACAAGAGCGUCGUCUUCUACCGGGGAUACUCCACGGCGCAUUUCAGGGGAGGGGAGUGGGACUCGGGCGGCUCCUGCAGCGGCGAGACGGAGCCGGCGUUCAGGGGGGCGGUGGUGGACAGCUACCCGGAGAAGAUGCGGAUCGUGGACGAGGUGGUGGCGCGGAUGCGGUUCCCGGUGCGGCUGCUCAACGUCACGAGGCUGACCAGCUUCCGCAAGGACGGCCACCCGUCGCUCUACGGCAUGGCGCCAGAGAAGAGGGGGAAGAGGAAGCAGGACUGCAGCCACUGGUGCCUCCCCGGCGUGCCGGACGUGUGGAACGAGCUCAUCUACGCGUCGCUCGUCUUGGAGCCCAACCCCAGGUCAUGGGACAAAUCAUAG